AUGUCUAGUAGUAAAUUCGAAGAGGUUAUAAACAAGAUUAUCAGUGAUAGCCCUCCAGGAGAACUGAGGGAAGUUUAUGACGAUCUGAUCAAGAUCACAAGUGAAAACUCCAAAAAUACUAUUUUGGAUGCUAUUGAAAAUUAUAACGUGCAGAAUUGCAUCCCUAUAGACGUCAAUGGGAGUUCUGUGAUUAUUUCUAAAUACAACAAGGAAGGUGCGAAGUUCUUUGAUCCCAUAAAUUCCGUCAUUUUUUCAGUUAACCAUCUAGAGCGCAAAGGUCUUGACAUUGAGCCGUUUGAGUUCACGCAUGCAAAGCUUGAAAUAGAGCAAUUGAAAGAUUUACACGAUAAAUUACACGAAUAUCUUCUUCAGAGCUUCCCCGGUGACGUUAGUUUUGCUGUUUACCCAGUCCCCGAGAAAAUAAGCAAAAUCUCCAUUAUUAUUGUUAGCACCAAAUAUAAUCCAAGCAAUUUUUGGAACGGCCAUUGGAGAUCGAGUUACAUCUACGAUUUGGAGACCAAGGAGUUAUCCGGUGAGAUCUCUACGCAAGUCCAUUACUACGAAGACGGUAACGUUAGUUUCCAAUCUGGGAAGGAAGUCAGUCAAUCUAACGUUAAUGACGUUGUCUGCACAAUAAAAGAUAUCGAAACAAGCUUUGAGAAUGAUCUAGAUCUUUCAUUUUUCGAUUUGAACGAAAAACAGUUCAAAGCUUUGAGAAGAAGAUUACCAGUCACAAGAUCAAAAAUCAACUGGGGUAGUGCGAUUGGUAGUUAUAGAUUGGGUAAGAACGCGGCAGAAGGCAAAUGA